AUGAAGCCCAGAGCGGAGUGCUGUUCCCCCAAGUUCUGGUUGGUGCUGGCUGUCCUGGCCGUGUCCGGCAGCAGAGCUCGUUCUCAGAAGAGCCCGCCCAGCAUAGGCAUUGCUGUCAUCCUCGUGGGUACUUCAGACGAGGUGGCCAUCAAGGACGCCCACGAGAAAGAUGAUUUCCACCAUCUCUCUGUGGUGCCCCGCGUGGAGCUGGUGGCCAUGAACGAGACGGACCCAAAGAGCAUCAUAACCCGCAUCUGUGAUCUCAUGUCUGACCGGAAGAUCCAGGGGGUGGUGUUUGCUGAUGACACAGACCAGGAAGCCAUUGCCCAGAUCCUUGACUUCAUUUCAGCCCAGACUCUCACCCCCAUCCUGGGCAUCCACGGGGGCUCCUCGAUGAUAAUGGCGGACAAGGAUGAAUCCUCCAUGUUCUUCCAGUUCGGCCCAUCCAUUGAACAGCAGGCUUCCGUGAUGCUCAACAUCAUGGAGGAGUAUGACUGGUACAUCUUCUCUAUCGUCACCACCUACUUCCCUGGCUACCAGGACUUUGUCAACAAGAUUCGCAGCACCAUCGAGAACAGCUUCGUGGGCUGGGAGCUGGAGGAGGUCCUUCUGCUGGACAUGUCCUUGGACGAUGGGGAUUCUAAAAUCCAGAACCAGCUCAAGAAACUUCAGAGCCCCAUCAUUCUUCUUUACUGUACUAAGGAAGAGGCCACCUACAUCUUCGAAGUGGCUAACUCAGUAGGGCUGACCGGCUAUGGCUACACGUGGAUUGUGCCUAGUCUGGUGGCGGGGGACACGGACACAGUGCCCUCGGAGUUCCCCACCGGCCUGGUCUCUGUGUCCUACGACGAGUGGGACUACGGCCUCCCUGCCAGAGUGAGGGACGGGAUCGCCAUCAUCACCACCGCGGCCUCCGACAUGCUGUCGGAACACAGCUUCAUCCCCGAGCCCAAGAGCAGCUGCUACAACACCCACGAGAAGAGGAUCUACCAGUCCAAUAUGCUGAACAGGUAUCUGAUCAAUGUGACUUUUGAAGGGAGAAAUCUGUCCUUCAGUGAAGACGGCUACCAGAUGCACCCAAAGCUGGUGAUCAUCCUUCUGAACAAGGAGAGGAAGUGGGAGAGGGUAGGGAAGUGGAAAGACAAGUCGCUGCAGAUGAAGUACUACGUGUGGCCCCGAAUGUGUCCUGAGACAGAAGAGCAGGAGGAUGACCACUUGAGCAUCGUAACACUGGAGGAAGCCCCGUUCGUCAUUGUGGAGAGCGUGGACCCUCUGAGUGGAACCUGCAUGAGGAACACGGUCCCCUGCCAAAAGCGCAUCAUCUCUGAAAAUAAAACAGAUGAGGAGCCAGGUUACAUCAAAAAGUGCUGCAAGGGGUUCUGUAUUGAUAUCCUUAAGAAGAUUUCUAAAUCUGUGAAGUUCACCUAUGAUCUUUACCUCGUUACCAACGGCAAGCACGGGAAGAAAAUCAAUGGAACCUGGAACGGUAUGAUUGGAGAGGUGGUCAUGAAGAGGGCCUACAUGGCAGUGGGGUCGCUGACCAUCAACGAGGAGCGAUCGGAGGUGGUCGAUUUCUCUGUGCCCUUCAUAGAGACCGGCAUCAGCGUCAUGGUGUCACGCAGCAAUGGGACCGUCUCACCUUCUGCCUUCUUAGAGCCAUUCAGCGCUGACGUGUGGGUCAUGAUGUUUGUGAUGCUCCUCAUCGUCUCGGCCGUGGCCGUCUUUGUCUUCGAGUACUUUAGCCCCGUGGGUUACAACAGGUGCCUCGCUGACGGCAGAGAGCCAGGUGGCCCAUCUUUCACCAUCGGCAAAGCUAUUUGGUUACUGUGGGGUCUGGUGUUUAACAACUCCGUCCCCGUGCAGAACCCCAAGGGUACCACGUCCAAGAUCAUGGUGUCCGUGUGGGCCUUCUUUGCCGUCAUCUUCCUGGCCAGCUACACUGCCAACUUAGCUGCCUUCAUGAUCCAAGAGGAGUAUGUGGACCAGGUUUCCGGCCUGAGUGACAAGAAGUUCCAGAGACCUAAUGACUUCUCACCCCCUUUCCGCUUUGGCACUGUGCCCAAUGGCAGCACGGAGAGGAAUAUUCGCAAUAACUAUGCAGAAAUGCAUGCCUACAUGGGGAAGUUUAACCAGAGAGGUGUCGAUGAUGCACUGCUCUCCCUGAAAACAGGGAAACUGGAUGCCUUCAUCUAUGAUGCAGCCGUGCUGAACUACAUGGCCGGUAGAGAUGAGGGCUGCAAGCUGGUGACCAUUGGCAGUGGGAAGGUCUUUGCCUCCACUGGUUAUGGCAUUGCCAUCCAAAAAGACUCUGGAUGGAAGCGCCAGGUGGACCUUGCUAUCCUGCAGCUCUUCGGAGAUGGGGAGAUGGAGGAGCUGGAAGCUCUGUGGCUCACAGGCAUCUGCCACAAUGAGAAGAACGAGGUCAUGAGUAGCCAGCUGGACAUCGACAACAUGGCGGGCGUCUUCUACAUGCUGGGGGCCGCCAUGGCUCUCAGCCUCAUCACCUUCAUCUGCGAACACCUCUUCUAUUGGCAGUUCCGGCACUGCUUUAUGGGUGUCUGUUCUGGCAAGCCCGGCAUGGUCUUCUCCAUCAGCAGAGGUAUCUACAGCUGCAUCCACGGCGUGGCCAUUGAGGAGCGCCAAUCCGUAAUGAACUCCCCCACCGCCACCAUGAACAACACGCACUCCAAUAUCCUGCGUCUGCUGCGCACGGCCAAGAACAUGGCCAACCUGUCGGGUGUGAAUGGCUCACCGCAGAGCGCCCUGGACUUCAUCCGCCGCGAGUCGUCUGUCUAUGACAUCUCCGAGCACCGCCGCAGCUUCACGCACUCCGACUGCAAGUCCUACAACAACCCGCCCUGCGAGGAGAACCUGUUCAGCGACUACAUCAGUGAGGUGGAAAGGACUUUCGGGAACCUGCAGCUCAAGGACAGCAACGUCUACCAGGACCACUACCACCACCACCACCGGCCCCACAGCAUCGGCAGCGCCAGCUCCAUAGAUGGGCUCUAUGACUGCGACAACCCGCCCUUCACCACGCAGCCCCGGGCCCUGGGCAAGAAGCCCCUGGACAUUGGCCUUCCCUCGUCCAAGCACAGCCAGCUCGGCGACCUGUACGGCAAGUUCUCGUUCAAGAGUGACCGCUAUGGUGGCCACGACGACCUGAUCCGCUCCGACGUGUCAGACAUCUCCACCCACACGGUCACCUACGGCAACAUCGAGGGCAACGCGGCCAAGAGACGGAAGCAGCAGUACAAGGACAGCCUGAAGAAGCGUCCGGCCUCAGCCAAGUCCCGCCGCGAGUUCGACGAGAUAGAGCUGGCCUACCGCCGCCGGCCGCCCCGCUCCCCAGACCACAAGCACUACUUUCGGGACAAGGACGGGCUGCGGGACUUCUACCUGGACCAGUUCCGUGCCAAGGAGACCUCGCCGCACUGGGAGCACGUGGACCUGACCGACCUCUACAAGGAGCGUGGCGAGGAUUUCAAGCGCGACUCGGUGGGUGGCGGAGGGCCCUGUACCAACCGAGCUCAUCAUCUUAAGCACGGCACGGGCGACAAGCACGGCGGGGGGGUCGUCGGCGGGGUCCCGGCCCCCUGGGAGAAGAACCUGACCAACGUGGACUGGGAGGAGCGCCCUGGGGGCAACUUCUGCCGCAGCUGCCCAUCCAAGCUGCACAACUACUCGACGACGACAGCAGCAACGGCGGUGGUGGCUGGCCAGAACUCGGGCAGGCCGGCCUGCAUCCGCUGCGAGGCGUGCAAGAAGGCCGGCAACCUGUACGACAUCAGCGAGGACAACUCGCUGCAGGAGUUGGAUCAGCCGGCCGCCCCAGUGGCGGCCGUGACGUCCGCAGCGUCUAAGUACCCGCAGAGCCCCACCAACUCCAAGGCGCAGAAGAAGCCCCGGAACAAGCUGCGGCGCCAACACUCCUACGACACGUUCGUGGACCUGCAGAAAGAAGAGGCCGCCCUGGCCCCGCGCAGCGUGAGCCUCAAGGACAAGGGCCGCUUCCUGGACGGCAGCCCCUACGCGCACAUGUUCGAGAUGCCGGCAGGCGAGAGCGCUUUCAGUGGCAGCAACGAUGGCAAGGCAGCGGCGCCGGCCACGGGACAUCACCACCACGGCAAUCCCGGCGGCGGCGGUGGCUACAUGCUCAGCAAGUCUCUCUACCCCGACCGGGUCACGCAGAACCCUUUCAUCCCCACUUUCGGGGACGACCAGUGCUUGCUCCACGGCAGCAAAUCCUACUUCUUCAGGCAGCCCACGGUGGCUGGGGCGCCGAAGGCCAGGCCGGACUUCCGGGCCCUUGUGAGCAACAAGCCGGUGGUCUCGGCCCUGCACGGGGCUGUGCCGGGCCGCUUCCAGAAAGACAUCUGUAUAGGGAACCAGUCCAACCCCUGUGUGCCUAACAACAAAAACCCCAGGGCUUUCAAUGGCUCCAGCAAUGGGCAUGUGUAUGAGAAACUGUCUAGUAUUGAGUCUGAUGUCUGA